AGCUAGCUAGUUCUACUCGUCUACUCUUUGGUGGAGUCAAAACUAAUCUAUUGUUCUUAAUUUAUUGAAUUCGUUUGGUUUUAGGAUUGCUUUGGUUGGUGAAUAAUGUGUUAUUUUACGGAACGUUUGUAAUGGAAUAAUACCAAAUUAAACUUAACUUCUAUAAAUGAAUUAAAAGUAUAUGUAAUAAAGUGUUAUAAUGUGCUUAGCAUAGGUUGCUAUAAUACAAUGAUAACCAAAAUGCAAGCUCAAACAAAUGUUGCCGUGCCACAAUCUGUCACAACGCAGCCCCAGCAAAUAGUCGGAGUUCCUGCAAAUGCCGUAAUCUUAAAAAUGUCUGAUAUCCAGCAGAUAUCUACUGUUGGACUUUUGGAGCUGGCGCACCGCGAAUACCAGGCGGGAGAUUACGAGAGUGCGGAGCAGCAUUGCAUGCAGUUGUGGCGUCAAGAUGGCACCAACACUGGAGUUCUACUCUUACUAUCUUCAAUUCACUUCCAAUGCCGCCGUUUGGACAAAUCUGCACACUUUUCCACAUUGGCUAUCAAGCAAAACCCAUUAUUAGCAGAAGCUUAUAGUAAUCUGGGAAAUGUAUACAAAGAAAGGGGCCAGUUACAAGAGGCUCUGGAGAACUACAGGCAUGCAGUCAGGUUGAAGCCAGACUUCAUUGAUGGUUACAUCAACCUGGCGGCGGCGCUUGUAGCUGCUGGUGACAUGGAACAAGCUGUCCAAGCAUAUGUCACUGCUCUUCAAUAUAACCCUGAUUUGUACUGCGUAAGAAGCGACUUGGGCAAUUUGCUCAAGGCCUUAGGGCGUCUAGAUGAGGCAAAGGCUUGUUACUUGAAGGCCAUCGAAACGAGGCCUGACUUUGCAGUGGCAUGGAGUAACUUAGGAUGCGUAUUUAACGCACAAAGUGAAAUUUGGUUGGCCAUACAUCAUUUUGAGAAGGCGGUGGCUUUGGAUCCCAAUUUCUUGGACGCAUACAUUAAUUUGGGGAAUGUUUUAAAAGAAGCAAGAAUAUUUGACAGGGCUGUAGCAGCUUAUCUCCGUGCUCUGAACUUAUCUCCCAACAAUGCUGUUGUACAUGGAAAUUUGGCAUGCGUAUAUUACGAACAAGGAUUGAUCGACUUAGCCAUCGAUACAUACAGAAGAGCCAUAGAGUUGCAACCAAAUUUCCCAGAUGCAUACUGCAACUUGGCCAAUGCUUUAAAGGAGAAAGGUCAAGUUGCUGAUGCGGAGGAGUGUUAUAAUACCGCCUUACGCCUUUGCCCUUCCCAUGCAGAUUCCCUAAACAAUUUGGCUAACAUCAAGCGUGAGCAAGGUUAUAUAGAAGAAGCGACGCGAUUGUAUUUGAAGGCUUUAGAAGUGUUCCCAGAAUUUGCUGCUGCACAUAGCAAUUUAGCGUCUGUAUUGCAACAACAAGGAAAACUGAAUGAAGCACUCAUGCAUUAUAAGGAGGCAAUCCGCAUUCAACCCACUUUUGCUGAUGCGUACAGUAACAUGGGUAACACAUUGAAAGAAAUGCAGGAUGUUUCCGGCGCUUUACAAUGCUAUACCAGAGCUAUUCAGAUUAAUCCAGCAUUUGCGGAUGCACACAGUAAUCUCGCUAGUAUUCAUAAAGACUCUGGAAAUAUUCCUGAAGCUAUACAGUCUUAUAGAACUGCACUAAAGUUGAAACCGGAUUUCCCAGAUGCUUAUUGCAAUUUGGCCCAUUGCUUGCAAAUCGUAUGCGAUUGGACAGAUUACGAGGCCCGUAUGAAAAAACUUGUCAGCAUUGUCGCUGAGCAACUCGAUAAGAACAGACUGCCGUCGGUUCAUCCACACCAUUCCAUGCUAUAUCCUUUAACACAUGACUUCAGAAAGGCUAUUGCCGCCAGACAUGCUAAUUUGUGCUUGGAGAAAGUUCAAGUUCUCCAUAAGCCACCUUAUAAAUUUGCGCGUGACCUACAGGGCCGACUGCGCAUCGGUUAUGUUAGCAGUGACUUUGGCAACCAUCCCACUUCUCACUUGAUGCAAUCGGUGCCUGGAUUGCACGAUCGUAGUAAGGUCGAGAUCUUUUGCUAUGCUCUAAGUCCUGAUGAUGGUACAACUUUCCGCUCCAAGAUAGCCAGGGAAGCAGAACAUUUUAUUGACCUGUCUCAAAUGCCAUGUAACGGCAAAGCUGCUGAUAAAAUUUAUGGAGAUGGCAUCCAUAUUCUUGUCAAUAUGAAUGGGUAUACUAAGGGUGCAAGAAAUGAAAUAUUUGCUUUAAGGCCAGCCCCCGUACAAGUCAUGUGGCUGGGCUACCCGGGAACUAGUGGGGCAAGUUACAUGGAUUAUCUCGUAACUGACGCCGUGACAUCACCUCUGGAACUAGCAAGUCAGUACAGUGAAAAAUUGUCGUAUAUGCCUCAUACAUAUUUCGUCGGGGACCACAAGCAAAUGUUCCCACAUUUGCAGGAGCGUCUUAUUCUUAGUGACAAAGUGAAAUCACACAAUAACUUGGGUAUUGUUGCGGACAAUGUUGCAGUUAUUAAUGCAACUGAUCUGUCACCGCUUGUUGAGAAUACUGACGUAAAAGAAAUAAAGGAAGUAGUUAGAGCAGCAAGACCUGUGGAAAUUUCAUUAAAAGUUGCCGAAUUACCUACCACCACACCCAUUGAAACAAUGAUUGCUUCGGGACAAAUUCAGACUUCAGUUAACGGUGUUAUUCUUCAAAAUGGCUUAGCGACGACACAAACAAAUAAUAAGGCAGCGACAGGAGAGGAAGUGCCACAGUCUAUUGUAAUUACGACAAGACAACAGUAUGGUUUACCUGAUGACGCUGUGGUGUACUGUAACUUCAACCAGUUGUAUAAGAUCGACCCACUGACUCUCCACAUGUGGGUGUAUAUAUUGAAACAUGUGCCAAACAGUGUGCUGUGGUUACUGAGGUUCCCGGCAGUCGGCGAACCUAAUAUACAAGCAACCGCACAGCAGCUAGGUGUACCACCCGGACGCAUUAUAUUCUCAAAUGUGGCAGCGAAGGAGGAACACGUUAGACGCGGCCAACUAGCUGACGUGUGUCUCGACACUCCGCUGUGUAACGGACAUACGACGAGUAUGGAUAUCCUGUGGACCGGCACGCCCGUGGUCACUCUACCCGGAGAGACUUUAGCGUCGAGAGUGGCUGCAUCACAACUUAAUACUCUUGGGUGUCCUGAAUUAAUUGCCAGAACGAGACAGGAGUACCAAGACAUAGCUGUAAGAUUAGGAACUGAUAGGGAAUAUUUAAAAGCCAUCCGCGCUAAGGUGUGGACGGCCCGUACGGAUAGUCCGCUCUUCGAUUGCAAGGCGUACGCGACCGGCCUCGAGAUGUUAUAUAACAAAAUGUGGGCCAGGUACGCGAGGGGCGAUCGUCCUGAUCACAUACAGGCGAUAGACAAAUAGAGGAGAGACAAUACCGCGGGAUGUGAGUGGACUACUAAGAAACGCCGUUGGUGCUAAGUGACAGUGGACUUAAUAUAGUGAAUUGUUGAUGGUUUCGGUUUUGGAGGCAGCUGUGUUUGCGUAAAAACACUUGCGUCUAUAUGAAGCGAGUUACAGAUCUUUGUCAUACAUAUGCAUUAUGUAUUAAUAUGCAAUGAACAUACAUUUUCUGUAGUAUAUAAUAUAAUUGCAAGCAGAUUGUCAUAUAAUGGCGGUUCGAUCAGCAAUUUAGUUUGUUUUAUUUAUAAGUUAGGAUUUAGUGUUUGAGGUAUUGAUUAUUGAUUCUUAUUCGGAAUUAUCGUGAUAUGAAAUCCUUGGAGACAUAUUAGGAGGUGCGAACUCAUUUUUCGAUUACUCUUCUAUAGUUAUAGCAUAAAAUAUGGCUAAAUUUCAUACCGAGUUAGUAUUCUUUUAGAUGGUUUUCUAGUCAACUGCUAAUAAAUACUAUUAACCAUUGCCUUUGAUGGGAUAUAGAGUUGACAUUUAAUUUAUUACUACUAUUCUUAGGUACUGUAUCAUAUUUACCAUUAUUGUAAAUCAUAAAACCAAUACAAUUGUAUGAAUGCUAAGAAUACCUACUAAAACAAUCUUAGCAAAAAUGUUAUAAAAUGUGUACAAAAAUUAGAGUAAUAAAUUAUUUGAAGUUUACUCCAGUGUUACAGUAUAAAUAUGUAUAUGUAAGCUACGCGGCAUAUGUAGUUGUUCUCCGUAUGUCUUUUUGAAACAAUGGAGAGUAUUAAACUCUCAUUCAGUUGUAACUGCCAAAGGCAUCAAUAAGAAAUUAUUUAAACUGAGAGUGUAACACAUAACACCAAAUUAUUUAAUCAGUGAAGUCCAGAACCUACGCAAGACUGAUUAUCUGGAUACCCCAAUGUACCGACGAUUAGGUUAAUUAGUUCAAUUUAGUUAUUUGUUCACAUGUGGGUGACAUCCUCUAGCAGUGAAGAUGAUAAUUUUAAGUGACUACUUGUGAUAGUAUGAUAAAAGAUGGCUAUGGAAGUCGUAGCUUUUUAUUGUUAACAAUAUGAUAUCUGUAGAUAACAUUUACCCAGCGAUUUUUGUUUUCAUCAUUCAGACGUUUUGAUUAUAGCAGAAAAUUUUAACAUGCUUGAUAUUAAAGUUUUGUAUAUAAAUGGUCUUUCCUUUUGUACAUAUUUCAUUGAUUAAUUUGUUUAUGAAUUUGGUUUGUUUUAAUUUGUUUAUUAUUAUAAUUAUAAUAGUGUCUUUUACUAAAGACUACAAUUGCUUUAUCUCAAAUUGGAAGUACUCUGUUAUACUUAUAAUGUUUUAAGAUACAUAAUAACUUUCUCAAGUAUUUUUGACGUUUUAUUGAAACAUUAUCACUAGUGUAACGUUAGUAAUGUAUAUGCGCAUCAUCGUUAAAUUCAUCUCAUUUACGGCUUAAUCUGAUUGAAAUGUAAAUACUAUGCUGCAGUUGAGCAUAAUUAAGUAAAUUUUAAAAAUACGCUUAAUGUUGUUUCAUUUUGAUCGUCCUUGAAAUUUUGUUCUGCCAAGCGAUAAUUAUUAUUUAUUGCUAAGAUUUAGAGCUUUAAAGACAAUUUUAGUCUAAAGAUAUUCUUUAAACCGCUAACUUCAUUUUAUUAUCUAAUCUAUUUUUAAAAGUUGACUGUCUUCAAAUAACUACAUUUCCUAAAUAAUAAGAUAAAAAAAUAAAAUAGUAUGUUAUAAAUUAACAUUAAAAACUGUCAAUUUAAAUUACAAAAUACAUCAGUAUGAUCGCUAGCUAUCGACCUGUCACUUUGGAAACGAAUAUGGUUGGCGAAACAUCGAUUACGUCAGGAUUGUUACCUAUUUUGUAGGUUUUUUUUGUAAUGUAAAAAAUGUUGUUUACUGAUUGUUACAAUAAGUUACUACUUUUAACCUAUUUAAAAAUGUAUAGUUCUUAUUGUGUUUGUACUGUACCGAUUAAGAUGUUUAUUUUUUAACGGAAAAGGUAAGGUUUGUUUGUCAUUUAUUGUUGCGAGGCAAUUGUAUAUAAUUCCUGAUGAAUACGCCUAAUGAAUGUAUUAAAUGAUCUGCAAGUCUACGUUGGAGUCUAAUCUUAAUAUCUAUUUAAAUAGAAUUCACUUUUGCAUGUUCGUUUGAUAUGUAAUCAGGACUAAACUGAAUAAAUUAUA